CAAAUGCAGGUGCUCCAUUCUUUGAACAUUAACUAAUUAUAAAUGUUUUUCAAAAGGAUUUAACAAUACAGCAGCUGUAAAUAAAAUCUUCCUGGUGUGUCUGCAGGUUGGGUCAACGGUGAUAUGAAAGCUAAAAUUUCCGACAGUCUUUGAAGGCAGUGGGGUCCUCCCAGUCAGAUCUGGCUGAAAGUGACGCGCCGACCCGGAGCCGAGCGAGGUUUCCUGGCGGAGCUGUGGAGGCAGCGAGGCUCAGCGGCGUUUCUGCUCGUGCAUCUGUCUGCCACCGCCGUUUCUGUCUGGGACACAAAACCUUCCAGCUUCGAGGUUUUGGACACGGCGUCAGUGGCUAUGGCUCCAUCGCUGUCCUACUGCUGUUUUUGCCUCUGAGGGACGUCACACCGCUGGAUGCUCCAGGAGCCAUAGAGGUGUGAAGGAAGAGGAAGGGACAUCCUUAUGAGUCUUCAACUACCAGGCUGACUCUCCCCGGGAGCGCUUGGAUAUAGAAGAAGAAGAAGAAGAAAAAGUUUAGAAGAACGAGGGUUAGGGACACUGUGAAUUGGAGCGUGAGAAGGAAGGAGGGAAGGAAGGGAAGUGAGGAGCAGUAGAAGGGAAGUCAGGUUGGGUGGGCAUCGUGGCCGGAGGGAAGAGAAGGUGAUAGCUGGAAAGAGAGGGAGAAGGUUCCAGACGGAGAAUUCCACAUCCCAGCAGCAGGUGGCGAAGUCUGAGGUCAGGUCAGGUUCGAGGGGUCGAGCUGUCAGACUGGUGGCAGCUGACCGAGUUCAGAUAAGCCCACCGCUCCACCACCCAUCAAACUACUGCUCCUCCACCGUUAACACACUGGGAGAACUGGGAGAACUGGUGUUGAGGAGAAGCCACCAUGACCGACCAGAACGUCGUCAAGGAAGGCUGGGUCCAGAAAAGAGGGGAGUAUAUCAAGAACUGGCGACCACGCUACUUUUUACUGAAGACAGAUGGUUCUUUCAUCGGCUACAAGGACAAACCACAGGAUUCAGACCUGGCCUACCCGCUCAACAACUUCUCCGUAGCAAAAUGUCAGCUGAUGAAGACAGAACGGCCAAAGCCAAACACCUUCAUCAUCCGCUGUCUGCAGUGGACCACGGUCAUUGAGAGGACUUUUCACGUCGAUACUCCUGAUGAGAGGGAUGAAUGGGCCGAAGCCAUCCAGACGGUAGCAGAGUCCCUUGCUAAGCAGGAGGAGGAGGGCAUCCUGUGCAGCCCCACGUCCCAGAUCGAGAAUGUCAACGAGGAGGAGAUGGACACCUCCAUCACUCACUACAAACGAAAGACAAUGAAUGACUUUGACUAUCUGAAGCUUCUGGGCAAAGGCACUUUUGGAAAAGUCAUUCUGGUGAGAGAGAAGGCAAGCGGCACCUACUACGCCAUGAAGAUCCUCAAGAAGGAAGUCAUUAUAGCCAAGGAUGAAGUUGCUCACACGCUGACAGAAAGUAGGGUAUUAAAAAACACUCGGCAUCCAUUCCUAACUUCUCUGAAGUACUCGUUCCAGACGAAAGAUCGGCUGUGCUUUGUAAUGGAGUAUGUGAACGGAGGAGAGCUGUUUUUCCACCUGUCAAGAGAGCGAGUGUUUUCAGAAGACCGCACUCGUUUCUACGGCGCCGAGAUCGUUUCUGCUUUAGACUACCUGCAUUCUGCCAAGAUCGUCUACCGAGACCUGAAGCUGGAGAACCUCAUGUUGGACAAAGACGGCCACAUUAAGAUCACUGAUUUUGGCCUCUGUAAAGAAGGCAUCACUGACACUGCCACCAUGAAGACCUUCUGUGGAACACCGGAGUACCUGGCUCCUGAGGUGCUGGAGGACAAUGACUACGGGCGGGCAGUAGACUGGUGGGGUUUGGGCGUGGUGACGUAUGAGAUGAUGUGUGGCCGCCUGCCGUUCUACAACCAGGACCACGAGAAGCUGUUUGAGCUCAUCCUCAUGGAAGAGAUCAAGUUCCCACGAACGCUGUCGGCUGACGCCAAGUCGCUGCUGUCAGGGCUGCUAAUCAAGGACCCCAAUAAACGGUUGGGCGGCGGACCGGAUGAUGCGAAGGAGAUCAUGCGGCACAAUUUCUUUGGCACAGUCGACUGGCAGGACAUCUAUGACAAGAAGCUGGUCCCGCCCUUCCAGCCGCAGGUCAGCUCGGAGACCGACACGCGCUACUUCGAUGAAGAGUUCACAGCACAGACCAUCACCAUCACUCCACCAGAAAAGUAUGACGAGGACGGGAUGGACGCAGCAGACAACGAGCGACGGCCUCAUUUCCCACAGUUCUCCUACUCAGCCAGCGGACGGGAGUGAGCUCUCCGGCUGCUUCGCCCCAUUCGUGGCCAUUUUGAGGAAAACACGUAGCCAUUCUCGGGAAGGAAAAAGUCAAAAAGGAAAAAAAACAUUCUCCCUUCUUUUUCUCCUCGUCUGCUACCUCGCAGACGGGUGGAGGUCUUUUUAGGGACUUCAGAGGUUUUGCACAGUGGGACAGACUCCAGCUGGUCUCCCCACACUAAAAAAAGUCUCCCACAUUUUCAGCGCUAUCUACUGCAGAAGGCAAUGUUUUUGUUAUUUAUUUUCUCUGUCAGUGUUAAGUUGUUGACGCUGGUUGCGUUAACCGUUUUUUGUUUGUUUGUUUGUACCCGUUUUCGUCUUCUUUUGACUUUUUUGCACUUGGUUUGGAAAAGUCGUUUUAGGGAACAAGAAACCAAAAAUGUUGCCUUACAUGUGCAGACAUUUCGUAUCGUACCGACAGGGUGUUUGGUUUGUUGUUUUCUCUCUUUGGGGUGGGCGGGUCUUCGGUUGUUAUGGGUCGUAGUUGAGAAUAAGUGCAUGGCUCGUGGUUCACUCAUUUCAAAUGACAAAACAAAAAAUGAAUCUUCCUCAUUGUUUGCCAUGGCAGUGCACAUUUGCCAAUCCUGUGGCAAUUUAAAAAAAAGAAAGAUUAAAAAAAAAAGCAGAAAAUGAGAAUUGA